AUGCAAGAAACCGAGGAGCUAGAGCGCAUCCCAGCCAAUUUACAAAAAGCAGGAUAUAGUCCCGCUUGGACUUCUGCACUUGGAUAUCCGGGAGAAAUUCCGGAGGGCAUAAAGGAAUUUAUCUGCCCUGGAAUAGAGCAAGGAGAUUAUCUUGUGGGCCAACUCUCGAGCAUUUUCUGGCUAAAGUCAGUCGAAUUUCUGAACGAACUCAUCCAAGACCCCGGCCACAAGUUAGAGGACGAUUUAUAUUUGAUAAAACUGGGAGAUGGACGCCGGUGGUUCUUCAUACACAAAUUCCCCCUCAAAUCACAACCUCUGCGCAAAGCCACCGGACAGAGUCAAUUUUUCCGUUUUUUCGCGCCCCCCCUUCCUCUCCAACUCAACGCCGCAAAGCUCAAGUUCAACCGCAACAAAGACAAGUUUACCAAAGAGAUCGAAAGUGUUUUGGCAGACAGGGUAAAGGGCCGAAAACUAUAUCGAGGCGUCACAAGGAAUGCACUAGUGAGCCUCAUGGCUCUCUUUUGUCCUGUGCACUCAUCGGCAUACGCCGACAAUGAGUUUGGCCCAGGGAUUUAUACUUCACCAUCACUGGAGGCGGCAAUAACUUAUUGUACUCCCAGCUCCGCGCUAUUGAUAUUUGAAGACCCGGAGAACCUCUUGAGAUACACUCUAAGAGGGGAUGAAUGGGACACGGUAGUGCGCUUUUGGACAGGUCUCCAAGUCGGAAAUCUUGCUGACAGAGUCCCGCCAAAUUGGCGAAGCGUGGACAUCUUGGAGGGAUCUAUCUCGCGGGAGGCAACAGGGCCUAGGAUCGGAAGAGUGGAGGGGGAGGACAUCCAAGUAGUAGGGGUAUCGUUUCGUUCAUUUGGUUCAUUGGCAUCUGCUUUGCGGAUGGUGAUUUGGUUUACAUAA